AAUGCGUCGUUCUGUGAGAACAAAUCCGUGGCUCUCGCUCUCUAGACACUUCAGCUACGUCGCCGAUCAUCUGCGACUGGAUGCUGCGCUGCUCCGUCGUCUUGUGGAAGUGGGAAUGAUGAGCGGAGACGAAUACGACGAGUUGACGAAUGAAUGUUUUCUAGAGAGAAAGAGAAUGAAGCGUCUAUUGAGAGAUAUCCUUCCUAGACAAGAUCCUACACUAUUCGACACGUUCUGCAGGAUAGUGAGUGAAGUGGGUCAAGGAUUUAUUGUUGAGAAGCUCAAGGAAGGUCGAGAUGAAAUCGUCAAGUCAGCAGCAUAUGGAAAGAAAACGAAAGAGUCACACACAACGGCGGCCGCCAGUUGCAGGACUGCUCCGACAGCGAGGGGAAAUCCCGAAUACCAACUGCUAUGGAAACGUCAGGGAGAGGCAGAGACACACCGACGGUGUUCACAGAAGUUGCGCACUCGUCCCGCCCUUACGAAGUCGUGGCCUGCCAUUCGAAAAAACUACCACUUCCUGUUACAACGUCUUCGCCUGAGCGCAGAAUUUCUUGGCUGUUUGUAUGAGCAAAGUUUCAUCAACAAAGAUGACUUGGACGCUUUCCACAGCAUCUCUCUUCCUCGUGAUCAAAAGUUGCGUCUCCUUCUUGUUGACAUUCUUCCCACUAGACCACCUACCAUGUUUACCACUUUCUGCAACAUUCUUCGCCACCUAGGCCAACCACAUGUCGCUGAAAGGCUGGAAAGGUAUGACACGGACAGACUGGAUUGUGUACAAGGAAGUAGAAGAUCACAAGAGAAAGAGGAAACAUUGACAUCUCAAGUGGCUCGACUGGAAAGAGAGAAAACAGCAGAAAGGAAACAAACAGAAGCUGCAAACGCACGUGCUGAUGCUGCAGAGAGCAAAGCGAAGAAAGAAGUGGCAGAAAAGAAGGAAGGAAAAUGGACAAUUUUUGCUUUUCGAUGUGACAAAGCACAGCACGCAGAAAGGGUUGAUAUCAAUGACAGUCUGCCAUCAUGGACACAGUGGAAUGUACACAUACCUCAUGACAGGUUGUGUCAAUAUAAUCAAAUGGGAGAGAUUGAAGGCAGACUAGUGGUAGGAGGUCAUGAUGGUAAUCUGCAUGUUCUCACUUAUGAACAUGAUAAGUGGGACAAGUUUGUCAGAAAGAAUGGUGACAUCUGGAAUGUAGUGUGUCAUCAAGGUGUGUGUCUGGUGUGUGUGUGUGUGUGUGUGUGUGUGUGUGUGUGUGUGUGUGUGUGUGUGGAGGAUGAAGAUAAAGAUCAGUUAGUGAUUGAACAAUUUCAUUUGAAUGAAAACAAGAAAUGGCGUUUCCUCACAGUUCUACCAAAUGAACUGCAGUUGGAUGGUGUAUCUGUUGCUCUUCAUGACAACUCACUGUAUGUGGUGGGUGGUAUGACUAAGUCAGGGGAGAUAGUGAACACAGCACGUGUGUGUGACCUUCACAGCGGUCAUUGGUAUAAGAUGGAUGACAUGCAAACAAAACGCCGUUACUGUUCUUCUGUUAUUAUAAACAACACAGUGUUUGUAGGGGGAGGAGUGACUGAUGGAUAUUACUCUAGUAAUAUUGUUGAGUGUGCAGAUGUUCGUGAUAGAAAAUGGAGAACAAUCCCCUCUACAACCACACAUGGACCUACACUAACGUCAGUCAGUAACAGACUGGUGGGGACUGGAGGAGAGACACAACAACAGAGGUUUUAUUCUCCUUCUUCUAAUAUUGUAGAAUUAUAUGAUGAGAGAUCUACCAAAUGGCUUCCUCUUCCACUCAUGACACACAAACGGUGGGCACAUGCUGCAUUCUCAACUCAGAAUGGAGAACUCAUCACAGCAGGAGGGUUGGGUGGUGAACGUUCAAUAGAAAGUCUUAAUUAAGUGUGACUAAUAUUUCCAUUUUCUUUCAAUUUGUGUGUAUUUGUUAUAUUAUAAUCUCUAGUGAUUGUAUAAAUGACAAUUUAUUGUAACAUUUAGUGUGUGUAACAUAAAGUAGAUCCUGAACGUUGUUUUCUUAAUUAGUAGUCACGUGAUUUGCAUUUUCAACGAGCAGUGGUGAAGUGGAAAAAGGAAUGCUAGCGUUGAACAUCCGGGAGAGUUUGUGGUUAAUUUCUAGCUUUAAAUGUUUGUUCGUGUUCGUUGCUCUUUGGACAAGCGUAGCAGUAAAUCUGGUUUCAUAACGGAAAUCACUGAGAGGUUGGCGAGCUUGGACUUGCGA